AUGGCAUCGAAAGAAAUAUCCCAUAAUAUGACCGUCGUAAAUAAUACAGCUGGCGGGAGUGCCGUGUUUUUACUUAAUUUCCCUCCCUCUCUCUCUCUUUCUCUCUCUCUUUCACUCACAAUUUUCUAUCCGUUUCUACCUCUCUAUUCCUAUCUCUCCCUUUUUUGUACUUAUUUCUCUUACUGGUUCUUUCUACAUUUAUUUUUAGUUUUAUUCGUUCUAUAUCGCUUUCACUGUCUCUCUGCACGUCUCUCUACUUCUUUAUCCUACUGUGUGCGUGCGAACGGGUGUAAGCGCGCGCGCUCGCGUGCAUUAUUAUUCCUUUUUUUCCAAUCUCUAUUUUUCUACUCGAUCUUUUUCUUUUCUUUUCUCUUCACGUAUCCCCCUCCCCCCCUCCUCUCUCUCUCUCUCUCUCUCUCUCUCUCUCUCUCUCUCUCUCACUUUAACACUAAUUCUAUUAACCUAUUCUUUAUACAAUUUGGGAACAUAUUUGACUACGUACCUGUCUAUCUCUCCUCAUUCUCUCAUUUCCUUUCUAUCUCUAUUUUCCAUUUUAUACUUCUUACUCAUUCUCUUUUCUCCUCCCACUCUCAUACACACUCUCUCUCUCUGUCUCUGUCUCUCUCUCUCUCUUUCUUUCUUUCUUUCUCUCACACACACACGCCCGCGCGCUCUCACUCUAAUACUAAUUCUCUCAUCACUUUAUGCUUUAUACAAAUUGGGAACCUCUUUACCUACAUCCCUGCCUAUCUUUCCUCCUUCUCCCGCUCCCUUUCAAUCUCUAUUUUCCCUCUAAUACUUUUAACUCACUCUCUUUUCUCCUCUCACUCACUCACUCACUCACUCACUCCUCACUCACUCGCGCUCACUCUAUUUCUCUCACUCUAUUCUUUAUACAAAUUGGGAAACUAUUCAACUACAUUCCUGCCUAUCUCUCCUCCGCCCCCGGCUUCUAUUCUAUCUCUAUUUUCCACUCUAUAA